AUGUUAGGGAAGCAGGCAGAGAAACUGUCAAGAUCCCACCCUUAUGUCACAAAUGUUGUGGGCUACACGACUUUAUUUGCCACCGCGGACCUCAUCCAGCAAAGCAUACUGGGAGGGAAGCAGGAAAACGGUGGGCUGGACAAAGAGCCCACUUUGGACAGAGGAAUGGGGAAAUGGUCUGAUAUUGACUGGUCCCAGACUGCUCGAGUGGCGCUUGUUGGAUUCUGUUUCCAUGCAAACUUCAACUACAAUUGGCUCAAGGGUCUGGAAACGAUGUGGCCAGGUGGAGGGGCUAAAAGAGUGGCAGGGAAGGUGUUUUUGGAUCAACUGAUUGCUGCUCCUGUGACUAUUAGUGUCUUCUAUAUUGGCCUAAGUGUAUUGGAAGGAAGACAGGACCCAUUUGAAGACUGGCGCGAGAAAUUCUGGACUUCUUAUAAGACUGGAGUGGUAUACUGGUCCACAAUGCAGGCUCUGAAUUUCUCUUUGGUCCCUCCAGUGGCACGGACUGUGUUUGUAGGAGGCAUCACACUUGGCUGGACUGUCUUUCUCUGUCAUCUUAGACAGCAAAAAGGGCUCACACACAAGCAUUAA